AAAAAGAUAGUUAACAAAAGCAACCAAGAAAAUUGCAUUGCAGUUUAAACAUGAUUUAACUUAUGAAACCGAAAACAUGAUUAGAAAAUAAAGACAAGGAACGUCUUCAGAUAGGGAGAAGGAAUCAGAGGUUGUACAUCCACGCGAGCUUCAAUCUCUUCUUUUAAUGGGCUUUUAAUUGGGCCGACGCCUUUUAAGUAGAGGCCUUGUCAAAAGACAAAAGUCAACGAGCCGCCAUUGAACUGAAUCUGCCUUGCGAAUGGGUGGAGGAGGUAUAACAUACAAGGGGGUCACCGUACAAACUCCCAAGACGUGGCACACCGUCGCCGGAAAGGGCUUGUGCGGUGUAAUGUGGUUUUGGAUUCUGUACAGAGCAAAGCAAGAUGGUCCUGUAGUCAUGGGAUGGAGGCACCCGUGGGAUGGUCAUGGUGAUCAUCAAUAGGUCUCGUUGAGCCUUUGAAGAUCAUGGCGAAAAAUGAAUAUUUUGCUUUUUUCAGCUUCGUAUGUCGAAAUAAAGAGAAUUGUGAAAGAAGACGUGAAUUGUUUUUGUACACAAGUUUCUAAGACAUGCUGCUUAUGUUCUAAGUUGCUACUUGGAUUGCACUUCAUUGAUGUUGUUUUGCUGUCUACAAAUGAAUUUGAAAUAAAACCGGUCGCGAGAUUCAUGUUA